UUUAGUUUCGUGUGACCUGUAGAUAAGGCAAAGAAGGCAUCCCACCUACUAUAUAAGAUUCAACUAUUUUGCACAGCGUUCUAAUCUUAGACUAUUAGUUCUUCAUAGAUCCUUGAUAUCUAGCAGACCUAGCCAGACAAUAUGAAAGCAGCAGUAGUUUUCCUUGCCCUUCUUCCACUAAUAAUAGCAAAACCAUUGGUAGAAAAAGAAUUCGAUUUUGUUGAGCUUCAGCGACGAGUGGACCUAAACGGAUUUCAUUGUGGAACUCGUCAUCCCGACUGCAUGAACUGGUAUCCCGGCGAUGCCCUAGUGAAAGUGGUUGUCAAUUGGUUAAAAGAACACGGACUACCCAUAGCUGCCGCUGCCUGUAAUGUUGCCUGUGCAGCCGGAAGUCUUCCUCUUGAAAUAGCAUCGGCUGGACUAUCUGCUGGUUUAUGCACUGCAGGUUGUCAAGCAAUUAAUCUUGCUGGUUAAAAAUAUGGAACGAGCACGACGGCAGUAAUAAAAUAAUUCAAACAUAAAACA